GGAGAGGGAGAGGAGAGGCAGGGAGGAAGGAAGGCUGGUGAAGCAGCGGAUAUUCAUGAAGACGGCAAGUGUUUUUUUUUUCCUUCUUGCCGUGGUGACACACUGCUAGUCUGCAGAGAGACAUAGGGAGCUAUGAAGGAGACAAGUGAAAGCAAGAAGACGAGGCCCAGCCGAUCUUUUCAUUGAUCUUGAGGCGAUCAAGGGAAGCCACACCGAAGAGGACACACUUAGACAGAUUCGAGGAUGGAUCCCGGCAUAUCAAACCUGGGAUUUUAACAUCUGGACUUGACAUCUUCUCGCUUUGCAGAGUUUGGAUCCAACUGACCAAUCAGACAGUGAAAAACUGAUCUGAGAUAGGAGAGAUGUACAAAUUAUGGAUUAUUAAUUGUUAGAAAACUGCAUUCAUGCGGGAUCGGGUUUACAGCUGGGAAAUGUCAUGUGAACAAUACUCCAAGUUGGAUUAACUGUUUAGAAAACUUGGGAAAAGAUUUUCUUCAGGAGUGACAUCAUGAACUCUGACCGGGAAAUCCCAUUGGCUUGUCUGGCCAAGACAUGCUGACCAGAAACUCAUAGUUUACACUAAAAUGGAAUUAGAAGUUUCUCUUUUUUAAAAGUUUUUCUUCCUUCCACCUUUGCCUUUUGAGAAAACAUCAGAUCAAAACAAAGGUCAUCCAGCUCAGACUGAACGUGGAGCCUCUGAGGGGCACAUAAAUGCAUCUUUAGCAUUUACUGGCAGGUUGGAAGCCUGGUUUCAGCCAUCUAAACACUGAGGUGUGGACAAGAGUGCGAGCGAGGCGGUUGGCUGGCUGAGUCAGCUCCAAUGGGGGCCGGUUGUGACCCGGUCUGACCCCGGUUUGACCUUGCAGUGACCUCUGAUCUCUCCGGUCCUGGCUCUCCACCUGCUCUGCUGCCUGGGUUCCGGAACGCUCCGCCCUGGGGCCCAGAACGAGCCAAUCAGAAUGAAGAAGAGCCGCAGCGUGCUGUCUGUGACGGGAGAAGAGGUGAGAAGGAGAAUAUAAACAACCAGGGAUGUUCUGGAGAAAAUCAGCUUACUUCACUUUUCACUGUCACUUGUUUCCAUGAGAAUAGAUAACAGGCAGACUGUCAGACCUAGACUGUGUGUGUUUUCUUGAUGACAUAUAAACCUCGUGACUUUCACACAUCCAACGCUCCCUUUGUUCUUGUUUUCAAAGUCUGUGGACACACAAAGGAGUCUGAGUGAACAUGAGCCUCCACUCUCUUCACCAGUGUGAACCACUCGGUCAGUCAUAGUCCUCUAUGUAAAUGAGCCCCAGCUAAACGAGUGCUCUAUGUAAAUGAGCUAUUUUCUUUUAAAGGUAACGUCUUGGCUGAAGGACGUAAUACCAUGCAUUAUUCAAGUACUCUAUUAUUGAUUAUGCUGAUCGGGUGCCCAUACAUUUGUGUGUGUGGUUGUGCGUAUUGUAUGUGUGUGUGUGUGGAUUGGAGCAUCUUUCCACAUCUGGGUCUGGACGACAUCAAACGCAGCGUGGAGGCAACACGGCACUGUUGCCUAGCAACUGCUACCAUUCCCCCAGUGUUUUGGUGCUACGGUACUGCAGUGCAGAUCAGCCUCUAAGAGCUCAGUCUGUGGAGGCCUCAUCCCAGACGCACACACAUGUAGCCUAACACACACACUCACACAUGCAUGCAAACACACAAACAUUUAUAACUUAUAUGGUCUGUUUAUGGUUUUAGUUUUUUCACUCAGCAGAAUUUGAAUAUGGCAAGUCAACAUGUUUUGAUAGGACCAAGUUCUUUCAUUUUUAUUACAUGCUCUGAAUUAGAUACACACUACUAAUUGUUUUAUUUACAAAGAAACAAAUGUGUCUCUCUUGCUCCAUGUCUCUGUUUCCCUUACUUCCCCUCCCCUCCCCCGUCUCACAGAGUAAUGACAUAGAUAUAACAGGUGCUGGGGAGAAGGCGGAGUCAUCUCGCUACAGCCGGUCUUAUACAUCUGGGGCCACACUAGGGGCUGAACUACGCAGAGGGAGGAGCAGAAGACUCUCGUCUAGUCUUCAGGUAUUGAAAGGAAGCAUGGGUGCAUUAACCUGCUCUGGGCCCUGGGGCAAAAAUGAGCAUCAACAAACAUGUGCCCUGCUGGCUCCGCCCUCGAGACCGCACUCGUUCACCAGAGGUGCUGAACAACGUGUCGCGUCCAACAACUCUUCCCCUCCGCAUCCCGCCGCGCAUCUCCAUCACACAAGCAGACACUGACAGUUACGAAGCAGAAAAUGGCGUGUCACCAGGUCACACCCCGCUGGGUUCGCAGAGUCCAGGCCUCACCAUACACACCUCCUUUCCCCAGGGCCAGAGAAGAGAGUCCUUCCUCUACCGUUCUGACUCGGACUACGACAUGUCGCCCAAGACGGUCUCGCGUAAUUCCUCCCUUGCCAGCGAAGGGCACACAGGAGAGGACUUUAUUGUCACACCUUUUGCUCAAGUACUGGCCAGUCUGCGAUCAGUACGGAGCAACUUCACCAUUCUUGCCAACGUCUCCACACCAACAGUCAAGAGGUCUCCUCUGGGUGGAGUUUGCGUCAGUCCCAGGGCGUCACUGUCAGACCAGCAGUACCAGCAGCUUGCCCUGGAAACACUGGAGGAGCUGGACUGGUGCUUGGACCAGUUGGAGACCAUUCAGACACAUCGCUCUGUCAGCGAAAUGGCCUCCAACAAGUUUAAGAGGAUGCUGAACAGAGAGCUGUCCCACCUCUCAGAGAUGAGUCGUUCUGGUAACCAGGUGUCUGAAUACAUUUCCAGCACCUUCAUGGACAAGCAGAAUGAGGUGGAAAUCCCGUCUCCCACUCUGAAAGACAAAUCUAUGAGUCACAUCAGUGGAGUAAGGAAACUGUCUCACAGCUCCAGUCUCUCCAGCGCUUCAAUGCCUCGCUUUGGUGUUAACACAGACCACGAGGAUGAGCUUGCCAAGGAGUUGGAGGAUCUGGACAAGUGGAGUUUUAACAUAUUCAGAGUAGCAGAAUUCUCCAACAACAGACCCCUCAGCUGCAUCAUGUACACCAUCUUCCAGGAGCGAGAGCUGUUGAAAACAUUUCGUAUCCCAGUCGACACCUUUGUCACUUACGUGAUGACCCUGGAGGACCAUUACCAUGGAAACGUAGCGUACCACAACAGCCUCCAUGCUGCAGAUGUCACCCAGUCCACACACGUCCUCCUCUCCACACCUGCUCUUGAUGCUGUCUUUACUGACCUGGAGAUCCUCGCCGCCCUGUUUGCUGCAGCGAUCCAUGAUGUAGACCACCCCGGCGUUUCCAAUCAGUUCCUCAUCAACACCAACUCGGAGCUGGCCCUCAUGUAUAAUGAUGAGUCAGUUUUGGAGAACCACCACCUCGCUGUGGGCUUCAAGCUUCUGCACCAGGAAAACUGUGACAUCUUCCAGAACCUCACCAAGCGACAGCGCCAGAGCCUUCGCAAGCUCGUCAUCGAUAUGGUGUUGGCCACAGACAUGUCCAAACACAUGACCCUACUGGCUGACCUGAAGACCAUGGUGGAGACCAAGAAGGUGACGAGCUCUGGCGUGCUGCUCCUGGACCACUAUACAGAACGGAUACAGGUGCUGAGGAACAUGGUGCACUGUGCAGACCUGAGCAACCCCACCAAGGCGUUGCCGUUAUACAGACAGUGGACGGAGAGGAUCAUGGAGGAGUUCUUUCGACAGGGUGACAAGGAGCGAGAGAGGGGGAUAGAGAUCAGCGCCAUGUGCGACAAACACACCGCUUCUGUGGAGAAGAGUCAGGUUGGCUUCAUCGACUACAUUGUCCACCCGCUAUGGGAGACGUGGGCUGACCUGGUGCACCCGGACGCCCAGGAGCUGCUGGACACACUAGAGGAGAACAGGGAGUGGUACCUGAACACCAUGCCCCAGUCUCCCUCACCUCCCCCGGACAGACACCUGCAGCAUGACCGCUUCCAGUUCGAACUCACCCUAGAGGACCUGGAGCACAACAACCAUAACCACAUACACCUGAGCAACAGCAGCCAGACAGCCAUCUGUGAUGACAGCAUCGAAGACCAAAUGCAGGACGGCCGGGCGGAGCUGAAAGGCGAGGAACAGAACCAUGAAGAAAAUGAGAAAGAAGACGACGAGAAUCACAACAGCGAACACAACGGAGUCGGAGAUGAAGAGGAGGAGGAGACUACAGAAAGAGAGGGAGAAGAUGAAGAGGAGGAGCAUGGAGAGGACCAAGUAGAAGAAGAAGGAGGAGGAUGUCAGACAGAUGAAACAGAAAGAGGAGAGGAAGUGAAUGAUGCAACGGAGGAUGAGGAGACUAAAGAACAGGAGGAAGAGAAUGAGCAAAAUCAGGAUGUUGAACAAGGGCAGGAAGAGGGUAAUGAGGAAGGGGGAAAUGAUGAAGAGGAAGGCGAGGAAGGUGCAGAAAAUGAGGGCGGAGAAGGUGAGGAAAUGUUGGAAAGUGAAGAAGUAGAAGGGGAUUUAGAGGGAGAAAAAGAAGGUGAGGGGGGAGAGGAAAUGGGAAAUGAGGAGGGCGAAGUGGAGGAAACUGUGGAAAAAGAGGAGGAGGUAGAGAUGGAGGAGAAAGAAGAGGAAGGUGCAGCAGAGAUGGAGGAAAAUGUAGAACAAGAGGAGGGCAAGCAAGAGGAGGAGGAGGAGGAGGAGGAGGAGGAGGUAGAAGAAGCAGAAGAUGUCAAAGAGGAGAAAGGAGAGCUGGAAGAAGAGGAAGAGGAGGAAGCGCCAACUGAGGAUGAAACUGGAAAGGAGGAAGAAGAAGAAGAAGUGGAAGAGGAAAGUUAGUUGGGUGUAAAAACACAACUAACAGAGUUAGCAAGGAAUGGUUAAGAAGUAACUGCUUCCUCAUAGAAGAGGAUAUAGAGUUGAAGAUGCCCUUCUUUCCUCUGACCACUUAAUCAUGUGACCCUCUCAGCUGAAGGCCAGUGUAUGCUCAACUACAGACGUCUAAAACCUCAGAGAGAAACAUUUAAGACGGACAGUACAGCACCGGACCCAAACCUACGCCUUCCCGAACAGCCAGAUUGUUGCAACGUCUUGAUCAACUGGUAGUAUCACCGAAUAUCUGUACAUCCAUCACUGCCGUAGGGAAUAAACUGGGGAUAAUAAAAGGGGGGGGGACCCUUUGUACUCCUGAAAAUCUAAAAGAAACCUGAAAUACGUACAUGCAAAUAAGUGCUACCCAUUAUCUCUCUGUCACUGUCUCGUUUAUGAGGAAGAUACCACACACACACACACACCCCGACCAACAACUGUUAAAAGAAUGUCAACUUCCUCCGUUCUGUCAGAAAAGAGAAAAAAAUAAUGAAAAAAGUCUGGAAAGUGUAGUUUGUCGUCUUUUAUUUACUACAAAACUUUCCACCUCUGAACAGGACGCCGAGUAGACCUUUGGGCUCUGGUCUAGGAACAGUUUAACCUCCUCACAUACUAACCUUAAAGCAACAAUGCUGGCUCGCUGAAAGCACUUCUGAAUAAUAUCUGGACUGUUUUGUCAAGGUGCAGACAUUUGCAGUCCAGCUCAAAAGGCUGACCUGUGUGUAACACGUCGAUGUCGGUUCAUGUUUGAAAAUAAACCACACCCAGUAUUCAUCCCAUCACGACUGUUUCACCACUCCCAGACUGUGAGUGUGAUUCCCGGGUGAUUUCGUGCCAAAGUGUCCCACGACCAGCACUGAGCAAUUCAGCCUUCCUCCACACAAGGUGGCUACUCGUCCGUGAAGCAAUGAACUGUGGGACCAGGGUAACGGGUGUGAUGGUCUUCCACAAGUCCCAUUUUUAGUUUUGUUUUUGUAAAAAUGGUAUUUGGCACUUUAUCUAACACCCCUGUUACAUAUAUGUACAUAAUAAACAUGUAUUUUAAUCUGCUGAUGUCAUAAUAAAUAGGAUCAAUGAAGUUGAUGGAUUGGUGUUUUUAAUUGCAGGUCUCUGGCAUUCAUCAUUCUCCCCUGAACAAUACUGCAAAAGAUUUAUCCACCAUGAUACAGUAAGUAGUACUUUUGGGAACUCUUUAUUUUAUGGUCUAUAAUUUUCUAGGUGGUUUGGAAAGUAGAGCUGAAAUAUGUUAAUUGAUUAAUCAAAUCAAAUUAAUUGACAACAAUUUUGAGAAUCGUUACUCGUUUGAAUCUUCACUUUUUUUCCUGAUUAGUUGUUUUUAACAUUGUAAAUUAAAUAUAUUUGAAUCCAAUAUAUAUAAUAAAAUUUGUUAAUGGUUGGGAAAUUGUGACAUUGACAGGUAUUUUAUAGGCUUAACUAUGGAUGGAUUCAUUAUUCUGUAGGUUAAUCGACAAAUAAAAUCAUUAGUUGCUGUGCUUGUUGAAAGAACUGUCACUGUAUACUAAAUAUAGGAAAACAAAGAGUAUUUUACUGGUGAACUUCCAAUUAUUUGCUGUAACAGUCUUUUUGUACAUGACUGGUGAACUGAACAUGCAAAAAUCUACAGGAAAGCAUGUAUAAAGAAUAAUGUUAGAAGUAAUCAAUUAAUAUUUAAUAGGGUUUAAGUGAAGCACUUAAUUCAAGGCAAUUCUUAUUUUCUCCAUGGUUAGUACUGUGUUAUCUCCAGGAAAUCUGAGAAAUGAUUAGGAAAUUACAACCCACCUUGGAUAACUGACCUGGAUGACUGAGAAUCUUCACAGAAAUUACAACACCAUAAAAUAAUGUAGACCUGAAAUACUUAUUUUGAUCAUCAAAUGAACAAUUUGUUAAGUAAAAGUGUCAAUAAUUCUUAUUGUUCCAGCAACUCAAAUGUGAGGAAUUAAUGCUUCUCUUAGGUUUAUGUGAUAAUAAACUCUGUAUGUUUUAAGUUUUAGACAAAACAAGCAAUUUAAUGACAUCAUCUUGGUCUUUUGGGAAUUGUGAUGUGCAAUUUUUUUAAUUUCUUUACUUUUUUUCUAGAUUCAAUGAAUAACAAAGAAACAAAUCAGUUGCAGCCCUAAGGUUUUACUGAACAGCUUGCUGCUAUAUUGUGCUUCACUACGACAGUCAUUGACAAGCUUUUUAAAUAGAAAUCUGCAUUAG